UUUCUUUCUUUCUUUCUUUCAACAGGGGAUGCAGAAGUUGGCUGGCCAGUACUUAAAGAAAGAAUGGCCUGGCGUGAAAGCAGAGGAGCGGACUGAUUUUAGGAGCCUCUAUCCUGUCUGGAAAUCAUUUCUAGAAAGCACUGUGCAAGUGGCCCAGUCCAGGAUCAAUAUCUGUGAGAACUAUAAAAACCUCAUUUCGGAACCCGCCAGGGCAGUGAAGUGCUUUAAAGAACAACAGCUGAAAAAGUGCGUGGACCAGCUGAUCAGGAUCCAGACCGAACUUCAAGAGACGGUGAAAGAUUUAGCCAAGGGGAAGAAAAAAUACUUCGAAACGGAGCAGAUGGCCCAGGCUGUCCGGGAAAAGGCCGACAUUGAAGCCAAGUCUAAACUUAGUCUUUUUCAAUCGAGGAUAAGCUUACAGAAAGCCAGUGUUAAGUUAAAAGCACGCCGGUCUGAGUGUAAUUCGAAGGCUACUCAUGCAAGAAAUGAGUAUCUUCUCACGUUAGCAGCUGCCAAUGCCCAUCAAGACCGCUACUAUCAAACGGACUUGGUAAACAUUAUCAAGGCUCUGGACGGCAACGUUUAUGACCACCUUAAGGAUUAUUUAAUGAUAUUCAGCAGGACUGAGUUAGAAAUCUGCCAAUCCGUUCAAAGCACAUUCCAAUUUCUUUUGGAAACUUCAAGCAGGGUCGUGCGGGAUUACAAUUUUCAGCUCUUCUUGCAAGAAAACCCGGUCUUCCACAAGCCGCUCUCCUUCCAGUUCCAGCCGUGCGACAGUGACACCAGUCGGCAGCUGGAGUCGGAGACGGGCACCACCGAAGAGCACAGCCUGAACAAGGAGGCCAGGAAGUGGGCGACCCGCGUGGCCCGAGAGCACAAAAACAUCGUCCACAGUCAGCGGACUCUGGAGGAGCUGGAGUGCCACGGCCCGGUGGCCACCGAGCAGAGCCGAGCGGAGCUGGAGCAGAAGAUUGACGAAACCAGGGAGAACAUCCGCAAAGCCGAGAUCAUCAAGUUGAAAGCCGAAGCUCGCCUGGACCUCCUGAAGCAGAUUGGCGUUUCGGUGGACACCUGGCUGAAAAGUGCAAUGAAUCAAGUGAUGGAGGAACUGGAGAACGAGCGAUGGGCCAGCCUGCCAGCCAUGGCCAGCAACGGCUCUUCACACGUGCUAAACGUUGAUCUGGAAAGGGAAGAUGGAGAAGACGGCCUGGAUGCUUUUGAAGACAGCAACUCCAGUCCUUCCGGCACCCUCCGCAAUUACCCCUUGACCUGCAAAGUGGUUUAUUCAUACAAGGCUUCGCAGCCGGAUGAAUUAACCAUCGAGGAGCAGGAGGUCUUGGAAGUGAUCGAGGACGGGGAUAUGGAAGACUGGGUAAAGGCCCGGAAUAAGUCCGGCCACGUGGGCUACGUCCCGGAGAAAUAUUUGCAGUUCCCGACAUCCAACAGUCUCCUGAGCAUGUUGCAGUCCCUGGCAGCCUUAGACAGCCGAUCUCACACCUCCAGCAACUCCACCGAAGCCGAGCUCGUCUCGGGAAGCCUUAACGGAGACUCCAGCGUCUGUUUUGUAAAAGCACUUUACGAUUACGAGGGCCAGACGGACGAGGAGCUCUCCUUUCCGGAAGGAGCCAUCAUCCGCAUCCUGAACAAAGAAAACCAGGACGACGACGGCUUCUGGGAAGGCGAAUUCAACGGCCACGUCGGGGUUUUCCCUUCCGUCCUGGUCGAAGAACUGACCGUGUCCGAAAACGGAGAGGUGGCGUGUCUCGCCGAAGUUCAGGUCUUUCCGUCCACCAAGUCCCAGAAUUCCCUGGCGCCCUUGCCCCUCUACGAUCAGCCCCCCGCCAGCCCUCUCCCCAGUCCCGACAAGAGAGGAGCCCAGGGCUUCCCGCGGUCGCCAUCGGCAAACGUUUCAGAAAACAAUUUCAUGUCAAGUUCCCCUGGAUUUUCCCAGCCAUCCCGACUCCUUCCUGAAAGCACUUCCUACGGCAAACUCAGACCGGUCCGAGCCGCCCCACCACCCCCCACCCAACACCGCCGCCCCCCCGAGAAGAUUGAAGACGUGGAAAUCACCUUAGUGUGACCGGAACUGCCCAGGCCGGGACUCCAGCUAAAACCCGGGCGCGGCCCUCGCCCACUGGCCUUGCGAGGGACAGUUUGUGUUUGAACGAGGCGACUGCUUAAAAGCUGGAGGGGGGAACACGGGAAGAUCCUCCAGGAACACCGUUGUGUGGGUGGGUGCUUCUUCCCACCGUUGAUGGACAUUUUGUGCCUUUUUUAUUUGUUGUCGUUGGGUUUCGCCUUCUCGAUCCGCCUGUGUAGCACAACACAAGCAGCCAUGCCUUUUUCAGCUGGACAGCAGCGAGUUUUAAUUUUUUUUCCAGGGGUGCGCCAAACAUCCGCCACCCUGCUUUCACAUGGCCCGUCGACCCGUUGCGACUGUAUGGUGGCUACAAUUGUUGGGGAACCUGGCCUAAUCCCAUCCCGGUCUGAUUUUAGCCUUUCCUUAAUCGGUGACUUCCAGAUGUAGUAGAACUAUGAUUGCCAUCAUCGCUGUGAGCACUCUGCCGGCGUUGCAGCUCCAACAUGUGGAAGGCACCAUGUUUGGACGGGGUUGCAGCUUCAACAUCUGGAAACUCAUGUUUGGACAAAGGUUGCAGCUCCCAACAUCUGGAGGCUGCCGUGUUCGGACAGAUGUCGCAGCUGCAACAUCUAGAAACUCGUGUUCAGACAGAUGUUGCGGCUCCAACAUCUGAAAGCUGCUGUGUUUGGACAGAUGUCGCAACUCCAACAUCUGGAAACUCAUGUUCAGACAGAUGUCGCAGCUCCAACAUCUGGAAACUCAUAUUCUGACAUACCGCGGCUCCAACAUCUGGGAAGUCAUGUUCUGACAGAUGCCACAGUUCCAACAUCUGGAGGCUGCCAUGUUCAGACAUGUGUCGCAGCUCCAACAUCUGGACACUCAUUUUCAGACAGAUGUCACAGCUCCAACAUCUGGACACAUUCUGACAUAUCACAGCUCCAACCUCCGGAAUCUAAUGUUCUGACACAUGCCAUAGUUCCAACAUCUGGAGGCUGCCAUGUUCGGACAGAGGUCACAGCUCCAACCUCUGGAAGCUGCCAUUUUCAGACAGGUUACAGCUCCCAACCUUUGGAGGCUGCUGCGUUCCAACAGAUGUCGCCGCUCCAACAUCUGCAAACUCAUGUUCAGACAGAUGCUGCCGUUCCAACCUCUGGAAGCCAUCACAUUUGGACCGGAUCGUUUCCUUCCACGGCCCCGGCGAACGUUUCCCUGGCACUUAAAGGAGGAAUUUUGGCGUUAACGGUUUGGCGCAGCCAAUCCCCCCGGGGCGCUUCUCUGCAUAAGGAGUGUAAUCUGUACCCCUGCUCCAAAUCAGGGCGUAUAUAUAUAAAUAUACGCUACGCGCAUCAGUGCAGGAUUUUACUGUUGUCAUAGGAAUGUAUUAAAACCUUUCUUCUCUCACA